UUAAUCAAAUUGAUUCAUCACAACAACACAUUGUUAAAAGAAAAAAGAGGUGAGAGACAAUGGCUUCAACAAGAAUAAACUCAUUAACAACAAUCUACAAAUCCCCAAGAAGAUACACUUUUAACCACAAAUCACCAAACCAAAUCAAACUAGUUUCAAACUCCCUAAGCUCCAAACCCAACACAACACAGCUCCCAAGUAACCUCUCCAGUGUCAGUUUCAAGACUAUUGGAACAGGUAAGCUUAGCAUCUCAAGAUACCCCGAUUUCGAAUAUUCUCCUCAAGGAGGUUCCGGCUCCGGAACGGCCAUGAGCAUCGGAGAAGAGAAAAACAGAACACAAAACUCUGAGUUGUCUGUUAGUUUCGAUGUGGACACUCUUUACAUUCCUUCUCUGACAAACCAAACCACCAAGUUUCUUGGCCUUCCAUUGCCGCCGUUUCUUAAAAUCGACAUAGCUCCAGAGGUUUUCCAAGGAACCAUUGAUCAAGAAUCCGGGAAGGUGGAGCUAGAGUUCACAGCUAAGUUCUGUUUCACGGCGGGAGGUGGGAUAUACAGAGCUCCACCGUUGCUGGUGAAAACAGUGUUGACGACGGAGGAGUCUAUAGGAGAGAAGAAGAGAGGAAGGGGAGAGAGAAUGGACGGAGAAGGAAAGUGUAGACUCGUCGGUGUUGCGAGAGUUGAGACUGUUGACGAUUUGUUUAUGAACACUUUCCUUUCUCUCCCGUCAGAAUGUCUCGCCGAUCUACAAGCUGUUAUUAUAGUUACCGGUUCUUGAGUUGAUGAUAAUCAUAUUAUACAUUUACUAUUUUAAUUGAGAGAUGUGUUCAAGUUAAAAAAAUGUUUAUAAGUCUUAUAGUUGACUGUUGAAGAUUUGAAUGAACAUAUAAAAAUAGAUUACAGCUUGAAUGUGAGGUUAUUUACAUAUGUCACACUUGUUUGUUUGUGAAAUGUGAUGAAUCAAGUGUUAUAUAUUUUAAUGAUUGAUA